AUGUCUGCUAGAAGCACCCAAAACCUCCCAAAAUCAAAAUCGAACAGCCACCCUCUAAAUUCUCUCAAAAACAACAAAUUUUCUCCACUCUUUCCUCUCUAUUCCCGUCCCGAUUUUGCAGAUCUUGACGGUGACCGACGCCCAGGUGGCGGUACUGCGAACACCACCGACGGGGCUGGGGUGACGGCGCUACUGAGGCGGACCUGGGAUAUUCCGCAAAGGAGCAGCGUGACUGGUCGUCCUAGCGUCGGCGUGAAAGAGAUCCCCGCCCACACAGUCUCUAGACAAACGGCUAUGGCGGAGAAGAAACAACUGAUCGCCUUAGGUUUCGAGGGCUCUGCCAAUAAAAUCGGCGUGGGCGUGGUGACUCUGGACGGCACUAUUCUUUCUAAUCCACGCCAUACGUACAUAACUCCGCCGGGGCAAGGCUUUCUCCCCAGGGAAACCGCCCAACACCACCUCCUCCAUGUGCUUCCGCUCGUAAAUUCUGCGCUGCAGGAGGCCAAGAUCACUCCAGAACAAGUUGACUGCCUCUGCUACACAAAAGGUCCUGGCAUGGGCGCCCCACUUCAGGUAUCGGCUAUAGUGGUCCGCAUCCUAUCACAACUUUGGAAGAAACCAAUUGUUGCCGUUAAUCAUUGUGUGGCACAUAUUGAGAUGGGGAGAAUUGUGACGGGGGCUGAUGAUCCAGUUGUGUUGUAUGUGAGUGGGGGCAAUACUCAGGUUAUUGCGUAUAGUGAGGGGCGAUAUCGUAUUUUUGGGGAGACAAUUGAUAUUGCAGUUGGAAAUUGCUUGGAUAGAUUUGCUAGGGUUCUCACGCUGUCAAAUGAUCCCAGCCCUGGAUACAACAUUGAGCAGCUUGCGAAGAAAGGAGAGAAAUUUAUAGAUCUCCCAUAUGUUGUCAAGGGAAUGGAUGUUUCUUUUAGUGGGAUUUUGAGCUACAUUGAAGCCACUGCCAAUGAGAAGCUUAAAAAUAACGAAUGCACUCCUGCAGACUUGUGUUAUUCACUUCAGGAAACCUUGUUUGCAAUGCUUGUGGAGAUCACUGAACGGGCCAUGGCCCACUGUGACACGAAGGAUGUGCUGAUUGUUGGCGGUGUGGGUUGCAACGAACGUUUGCAAGAGAUGAUGCGAACUAUGUGUGGUGAAAGGGGCGGGAAAUUAUUUGCUACUGAUGAUAGGUACUGCAUUGACAAUGGGGCAAUGAUUGCUUAUACGGGCUUGCUUGCGUAUGCUCACGGCAUAACAACUCCUCUCGAGGAAUCUACUUUUACUCAAAGGUUCAGAACAGAUGAGGUGUUGGCAGUUUGGAGAGGGAAGGAACAUUCAUUUGCCGAUCACUGUGAAACAAAGAGCAGCUAA